AUGGCGAAAUAUAAAGAGAAAGGAAGGUCUGUCCGUCUGUCUGUCUGUUAAUUUCUCAGAUAAUUAAAUGGAUAAUUUAAAUUUGAUAUAAGUAGUGCUUUAUUAGAUAUAAGUCAUCUCUUAUUAAAGGAAAGAAUUUCAUCAUCUAAUUAAUUUCUUUUGAUUCCUGACUGA